AUGUCAGUGGAAAUACCAGAUGUAACCAUCGACACCAGUUUGGGCGUCGGAAGUUCAUUGAGGAUGGCGAGCUACGAUCGUCUGUCCCAUUUGAUGGCUGAGCACAAUGAUCUUUUGAUCCUCCGCACCUUUUCAAGUUUGAACAUCAAAAAUCUGCUGUAUUACCAAGCUGAACUGGCAAACCUCGAGUGCGAAUUGCGCGAGGUCGAAUCAGAAGAUCAGUCGUGCAGAAGCUCUCCCAGACAAGAAUAUGGGGCCAGCUGGAAAAGAUUGAGUGCCGGUCCUGAAGUACACUCGUUUGCUUCCUCAGCUUCUCCGGUCAGGAACGCUCGUGAUGCACUCCAGUGGCAGAUCUUUUGUCGCAUUCGGGCUGUUCUUCGAGAGUACAAUGAAGCAUUGAUACAGCACAUCGAAGUCCGUGCCCUGUCAAAGAAGGCACGUCCUGACCACCUUGUAACCUUGCGCAAGUGGUUGGAGAGGCCUGGCUAUGGCAACAGCUUUCUCAGAGGGAAGGUGGAAAGUGUCUGGGAUGCAGAAAAGGGCUUCGAAGACUUCGCAUCGUUCAUAAAUCAGCGGACCACGAGCAUAGGUCUUACAUCAUACCUAGCCAAGUUCCUGCUGCAUGUUAGACGGGCGUGGAUGGGAGGUGAAAACAGCUCAACCCACAUAUAUGACAUUGGAGAAGACGCGCAGCAGCGGAUCGCAAAUGGGAUCAUGACUGUGGUUUCGAGUAUCUUUCCAGUCCUCCCAAUAGUCAUCUUGUUCUUCAUCAAGCGACUGCUGGUCAGGCUCAUCUUCAUCCUCGUCUUUACCACGGUCUUUGCCGCCACCCUGGUAUUUGGGAUGCGCAUAGAGGCGGACAAGACGCUAGCAAUCACCACUGCGUAG